GAAGGAGACAUCCAUGGUGAACUGCUCUUUGACUCUUUGUUGCAAUAACAUCAUUUUAUUUCAAACACCCUCUCAACCACAUUCUGGCCAGAUGGAAGCAGGUUCACCCACCUGGACAGAGAGGAUCCCAACUGGAGCUGGAGAUGUCCUCACAGAUCCGACUGAGGCUGCUGCCUGGUGUCAGGUGCUUGUUCGAUGAGCCGAUUCAGGUGAAAGUGGCUGGACUGAGGCCGAGGCAGGUGGUUUCGUUGAGAGCCAGGGCGAAGGAUGAGGGAGGACUUGAGUUCAGGUCCUCGGCCACCUACAAGGCAGACGGGAGUGGGUUCAUCCACCUGGACAGAGACCCCUCACUCGGCGGAAGCUACGUAGGGGUUGAACCCAUGGGGCUGCUGUGGUCACUGAAGACAAACAGCUUGCACAGAAGAUUUAAGUUGGAUAGUUCACUAAAGCCUUUUGUGGUGAAGUUCUCUGUGCAUGAAGGUGAGGGAGAAGGCAGGAUGCUGGCGGAGGCGUCCAAUGAACGGUUCAUGAUUGGAGAAGGAGUCAGCAGAGUCCCACUGAAGGAUGGGAGCUUUGAUGGAGUCCUGUUUACUCCUCCAGGAAAAGGUCCGUUCCCUGCUGUGUUGGAUCUGUCAAGCUACACAUUUGAGAGAAGAGCCUCUCUGCUGGCCAACAAAGGCUUUGUGGUUUUGGCUUUACCUGUAAUGACUGUCAAGGAUCAAAGAGUAAUUGAGAUGCAUCUGGACCACUUUGAGGAAGCUGUGAAGUUUCUACUACAACAGCCGAAGGUGGGAAGUAAAGGAGUCGGCAUUAUAUCACACUCAAAGACAUCAGAUGUUGCUGCUUCACUUGCUACUUUUGUGUCAGGAAUUGAGGCUGUAGUUAUGAUCAAUAGUUGCUGCGCCAACACGAUUUUACCCCUCUACUAUAAAGGACAGCAUGUCCUCCCUGGCUUAAUGUUUGACAUGGAGAAGAUGCCUGUCUUGGAGUCGGGUGCUGGAGUCAGCAAGUAUGUCUUCAACAAUCCCCUGGCAGAGGAGAACAAGUCCACUCUGAUCCCCAUCGAACGAGCCAAAGCUCGAUUCCUCUUUGUGGCUGCAGAGGACGACCUCAGCUUGGACAGCAAGACGUACAUGGACAUUCUAGUGGAGAGAAUGAAGCAUCAUGGGAAAAAGAACUUUGAGUGUGUGAGCUACCCUGGAGCAGGACACAUGUUGGAGCCGCCCUACGGAGCUCACUAUGCUUCUAGCUAUCACAGGGCUUUCAACAGGCUCGUCCUGUGGGGGGGUGAACCAAGGAUGCACGCAGCUGCUGAAGUCCACCUGUGGAAGAAGGUUCAGGAGUUCUUCAGAUCCCACCUGAGCUGUGGAGAUCUGCAGACUAAACCCAAAUUAUAAUUAUAUAAGCUGGAUGAUCUAGCUGUUGCGGUCUGUCACCACUGAUAUAAAUAUUAAUUAAAUAUCCAAACAUUACUUUUUAAAGUGUGUUAAAAGGAUCGAAGAAGUUCAGCCGAGCGAAGAAAUGAAAACCUCAUUAAAAGCCUGAAUAAGGCCAACUACACACUAGAAUAAGCAAGACGUCAAAACAUGCUUCUCAUGAUGUUUCUUAGUAAGUUAAUAAAGUAUACAAAAAUGAAACUUUUUUUUGUUUUCUGAUUCAUCUAUCCAUCCAUUUUCAACCACUUUAUUCUCAGACGGGUCGCGGGGGCAGCAGUCUAAGCUAAUUCCAGACUUCCCUCUCUCCGGACAUUUCCCCUAGCUCUUCCGGUGAGACCCCAAGAUGUUCCCAGGCCAGUCGAAAGACAUAGUCCCUUCAGCGUGUCUUGGGUCUUCCCCGGGGCCUCCUACGGGUGGGACAUGCCCGGAACACCUCCCCAGGGAGGCAUCCAGGAGGCAUCAGAACCAGAUGCCAAGCCACCUCAGCUGGCUCCUCUCCAUGUGGCGGAGCAGCGACUGUACUCUGAGCUACUCCUGGGUGACAGAACUACUUACCUUAACUCUAAGGGAGCGCCCAGCCACUCUACAGAGAAAGCUCAUUUCGGUCGCUUGUAUCCGUGAUCUUGCCCUUUUAGUCAUGACCCAAAGCUCAUGUGGUGUGGGUAUCAUGGUGAGGGUAGGAAGGUAGAUUGACCGGUAAAUUGAGAGCUUUGCCUUUCGGCUCAGCUCCUUCUUCACUACGAUGGACCGAUACACCGACUGCAUUACUGCAACCGCUGCACCGAUCUGUCUGUCAAUCUCACGUUCCCUCCUUCCCUCACUCGUGAACAAAACCCCAAGAUACUUGAACUCCUCCACUUGGGGCAGGAACUCUCCUCCAAACUGGAGAGAGCAAACCACCAUUUUCCGUUCGAGAACCAUGGCCUCAGAUUUAGAGGAACUGACUCUCAUCCCAGCUGCUUCACACUCAGCUGCAAACUGCCCCAGCGCACACUGGUGGUCCUGACCCGAUGAAGUCAACAGGACAAAAUCAUCUGCAGAGCAGACGGAGCCCGGACAGCCCUUAACAAAGAACCUUGGAUUCCAUACUCCCUGAGUACCCCUCACAGAAUGCUACGAGCUACACGGUCGAAUGCUUUCUUAAAAUGCACAAAACACAUGCAAACUGGUUUGGCAAACUCCCACAAACCCUGCUGAGGGUGUAAAACUGAUCCAGCAUUUAUCAUCUAUCCAUCCAUUUUCAACCACUUUAUUCUCAGACGGGUCGCGGGGGCAGCAGUCUAAGUUAAUUCCAGACUUCCCUCUCUCCGGACAUUUCCCCUAGCUCUUCCGGUGAGACCCCAAGAUGUUCCCAGGCCAGUCGAAAGACAUAGUCCCUUCAGCGUGUCUUGGGUCUUCCCCGGGGCCUCCUACGGGUGGGACAUGCCCGGAACACCUCCCCAGGGAGGCAUCCAGGAGGCAUCAGAACCAGAUGCCAAGCCACCUCAGCUGGCUCCUCUCCAUGUGGCGGAGCAGCGACUGUACUCUGAGCUACUCCUGGGUGACAGAACUACUUACCUUAUCUCUAAGGGAGCGCCCAGCCACUCUACAGAGAAAGCUCAUUUCGGUCGCUUGUAUCCGUGAUCUUGCCCUUUUAGUCAUGACCCAAAGCUCAUGUGGUGUGGGUAUCAUGGUGAGGGUAGGAAGGUAGAUUGACCGGUAAAUUGAGAGCUUUGCCUUUCGGCUCAGCUCCUUCUUCACUACGAUGGACCGAUACACCGACUGCAUUACUGCAACCGCUGCACCGAUCUGUCUGUCAAUCUCACGUUCCCUCCUUCCCUCACUCGUGAACAAAACCCCAAGAUACUUGAACUCCUCCACUUGGGGCAGGAACUCUCCUCCAAACUGGAGAGAGCAAACCACCAUUUUCCGUUCGAGAACCAUGGCCUCAGAUUUAGAGGAACUGACUCUUAUCCCAGCUGCUUCACACUCAGCUGCAAACUGCCCCAGCGCACACCGGUGGUCCUGACCCGAUGAAGUCAACAGGACAAAAUCAUCUGCAGAGCAGACGGAGCCCGGACAGCCCUUAACAAAGAACCUUGGAUUCCAUACUCCCUGAGUACCCCUCACAGAAUGCUACGAGCUACAUGGUCGAAUGCUUUCUUAAAAUGCACAAAACACAUGCAAACUGGUUUGGCAAACUCCCACAAACCCUGCUGAGGGUGUAAAACUGAUCCAGCAUUUUGUUGUCUAACAACAACGAAAUUUUUGGAGAAACAAAGUUGGAGGGCUAAAAUAGGCGAGGGUACUGAGAGAUGGCAAUUUGUUGAUUGGGUACAAGGACGCAGCACAGGUGAGGAAGGCGAGCCGCCGACUGUGGUGAGUCACACAUCACACCGCACCUGUACCCAUGACAUUUGCCGACGGACACUCUGAGAAAAUUGCGUUUUUGGUAGUAGAGUCUUGUUAUCACCCUGUCAUCUUAGGGCACACCUGGCAGAGGAGACACAACCCCACAUUGGACUGGAGGAGCGGAGAGGUGCGUGAAUAGGACCCAGACUGCCAGAACACGAUCGAGCCUGAAGAACCACAGAGGGUGACGUUUACAGAAGGAGGAGAGGAGGCAGAUCUUACUGGCGUUCCUAGGUGCUACCAUGAUCUCCGUUUGGUAUUUAACUAGGCUAAAGCCACAUCUCUCCCACCGCACAGGAAGCACCAUUGCGCUAUUAACUUGAGGCCAGGCGCGGCGUCACCCAAGGGAAGAGUGUUCCACCUGACACCAAAGGAACGAGUAGCCAUGAAGUAUUUGGACUCCUCACUCAUGUCAGGGAUCAUACGACCAUCCUCGUCACCCGCCAGAGCAGGAUUCUUCCCGCAUGCACAGUACACUCGAGGGCUUGAUGAGUAAACAGUGUUUAUUGUAUCGGCGUAGUCAGGCAGUCCAGGUAAUACACAGUGAGUCUCAAUUCUGCAAGUACAAAAGGAGCAGGCAAGAUCAGGUCCGGUAAACAGGCAGAGGUUCGAUUCACAGGUAAACUCGGCAGAGGUACAGGCUAGGGCUAGGCAAAACUCAAUGGUCAGACGGUCAGGAAAUUUACCACAAGAUCCAAGGCGAAGGUACAGACGAGGGUCAGGCAGGAGUCAGAGGUCAAUGACGGACGUGAUCAGAAAACUAGAUGACUAUACAAGAACGCUGGAAUGUGGUACUAAGACUCGACAAUCUGGCAGCUAAAGUGUGUAAGAGGUGGAGACUAUAUACUGGUGUCGAUUACUAAUUACGGACAGGUGUGGAUAAUGGGAACAGGUAAAGACAGAGAAACGGCUGAAAUGAGGUGUGAAUAGGAAGUCCUUUCAAAGUAAAACAGAAACUAGGACGUGACACUGCCGCUGUUAUCAUCCGCAUUUGAACUUCUUUCAGGAGCCACCUGUUUCAAUAAAUUGGACCUUCGCAAUGCGUACCAUUUGGUGCAAUUUGUAGCCAUAACUGAGAUGAUUAAAGAUAUCACCACUGCUAUGGAUAAUAAAAACAUACACUUGGGAUAUUUAUUGACUAGAAAACUAGAAAAGUGUGGGAUCAGGGGAUUGGUCCUUUUAGAUGGGUUUAUGUAUUAAAUGAGUUCAUUCACUGAGGGUUACCAGAUUUACUUUCAUCACACAAGUCAAAAUUACUUUUUGGAGGGUUUUAAAACAAUGAAUGAUCUUAUUUACUAUUACUUGUUAUUUGGAUGCAAACUCUACUUGGUCAAAUGAUGAUACUCAAUUUCAAUGUAUCAAAAUUUGAAAGAAAAUAUUGGAACAGGUUAACAGUAUAACAUUUACAGGAGCAAAAGUUCAUUUUUUUCAGAUUAUUACUUAAGGGGCCAUUUAUUGUAAAUCUAAAAACUCAGUUUACAGUACACGCACAACAAAAAUGGGUUAUAAUGGUAUUAAUAUUGUAAGGGUUAUUGUGUCAUUUUGGUAUUGGCAAUGGAUCAUGGUAUGGGAAGACAAAAUGUAAUAUUAAAGGAAGAUACUGUAAGAUAGUGGAGAGACUGAAGCAUCAUGGGAAGAAGAACUUUGAGUGUGUGAGCUACCCUGGAGCAGGACACAUGUUGGAGCCGCCCUAAGGAGCUUACUAUGCUUCUAGCUAUCACAGGUCUUUCAACAGGCUCGUCCUGUGGGGGGGUGAAUCAAGGAUGCACGCAGCUGCUGAAGUCCACCUGUGGAAGAGGUUCAGGAGUUCUUCAGAACCCACCUGAGCUGUGGAGAUCUGCAAAAUAAACCUAAAUUAUACACUGAAACUGGAUGAUGACUUCAGAACGGAUUGUAAGGAAUUAGUGAUGGUUGAGUGUUGAGAAAACUAAUGCUUUAAAAUUUGGGAAAAACUGAAGAACAGACUUAAUACAGUAAUAAAGAUGAUAAGGAUAUUGCGUAUCAGUUUGUGAAGUUUUAAACCAAAGACCUGUAAACCUGAGUCUGGAUUCAUGUGAACAGAUUAACAAACAUGAAAAAGCGUUAAAAAAAGUGUUAAUGUCUAAAAGUGUAAAUGAGUCUUCAGUUGAUAACUUGCUGAUGUCCAGUGAAGGAAAACACGUAAAGACUUCAGUGAGUAAAAGAAAAUAAAACCAACAGUUGAUUU